AUGGUGGGGCUGUGGAGCUUCAGCGUGGUAGGCAACAGCGAAGAGCCGCGCAUCGGUUCUGCCUGGCCCUACGGCAACUACAACUCGGCGCGGCAGUCGGAGUGGGGCAAGUGGGGCGAGAAGUGGGGGCGGCGUGCCAUUACGAUCCCGCUGUUCACGGUGCUGUUCGUGGUGGCGGUCCCGCUGGCCCUGCUGCUGCUGCCCGUGGCCGUGGCCUGCGACAGCGCGCGUGGCUCUCGCUAUCGGCGGCAGCAGCCGCUGGCGCGCGUGCUGCUGUUCUUCGUGGCCUACCUCGCGGCGGAGAUGGCGGCCGUGUGGGUGUUCGGGCUGGGCGGCUACGUGGCGGGCCUCGCCCUCGGCUGCCUGGGUCCCGCGAGCCGGCGCUGGCGGCAGUGGUGCUACACCCACCAGCACUGGUGGGGCCACUACCUCCUCACCGCCGCCGCCCUCCGCCUCCUGGGCUGCCGCCAGCACCUCGACGGCGCACACCUCGUCACUCCCGGCGCCACCUACCUCACCCUCAUCCGCCACAACAGCUUCGCUGACACUCUCCUGCCCCAGGCACCCACCACUCCUCACCCAUCACUCCCCAUCACCAGCAUGACCGCCAUCAUCAUCAACAUCAUCAUCACUUCAGCAGCAGCAGCAGCAGCAGCAGCAGCAGCAGCAGCCAUCGUCCUCAUGACACUGACCCGUUUCUGGGGCGGCGGCGGCGGCGGUGGUGCGCACGUGCAGUACCUCUUCUCCGAUCGGUUCAGGAUGCGCUACGUGGUCAAGAAAUCGCUGCUGUGGGACGCCGGGCUGGACGUCAUGGGCAGCCGGACCCCCAACCUCUUCCUGGAGCGCGAGGCGGGCGCCGGCAUGGCGGACGAGCUCAAGGCCCUCACCAGCCUGCUCGACGACGCCCACCCGGAGCAGUCGGAGGACGGCACCACCGUGCGGCCCAACAUCAUGACCUGCAUCUGGCCCGAGGGCACCCGCUUCAGCAAGUCCAAGCGGGAGCACAUCCUCCACAAGCUGCGGGCCAACGUGGAAAAGUUGGAGAAACAGCAGAAGCAAGCAGGCGGCGAUGACGACGGAAAGGCGCUUGAGGUGGCGCGCGAGCUGCUGCGGAGGGCCGAAGCCCUCAAGUGGACGCUGCCCCCGCGGCUGGGCGGCGUGCUCGCCCUUUUCGAGAAGAACGAAGCCAAGGGGGCCGACAUCCUGCUUUGCGCCCACUCCGGUUUCGAGCAUGCGCGGGACUUCUUCGAGCUGGCCAACGGCGGGCUGCACAACAAAACCAUCCACGCCAAGCUGUGGCGCUUUGCGUGGAAGGACAUGCCCGCGACGAGAGAAGGCCGCAUCGAGUGGUUGUACGAGCGCUGGGCCGACAUGGACGCCUGGGUCGCCCAGCAGAAGGCCCGAGAGGAGGAGGAGGAAGAUGUCUCCCCGCCUCGAGCGAGCCGCCGGCGCCACAAAUCGGAGUGA